CCGCCCCCGCCCCGCCGAGCCGCCGCCCGAGGCCCCGCCGCCACCGCCUGAGCUGCCUGCUCGCCCGCUCGGGCAUGGAGCCGCCAGCCACGCGCCUCUGAGCCCCACGGUGUUCAUGGAAUAUGAAGACAAGGCGGGAGCACCUCGCAAGCCGCCCUCCCCAAAGCAGAAUGUGAGGAAGAACCUCGAUUUCGAGCCGCUGUCCACCACCGCCCUCAUCCUGGAAGACCGGCCGGCAAACCUCCCGGCGAAGCCAGCGGAAGAGGCCCAGAAACACAGACAGCAGUAUGAAGAGAUGGUGGUCCAGGCCAAGAAGCGAGAGCUGAAGGAGGCCCGGCGGAGGAAGAAGCAGCUGGAGGAGAGGUGCAGGCUGGAGGAGAGCAUCGGGAACGCGGCCCUGACCUGGAACAACGAGGUCCUGCCCCACUGGGAGACCGUGUGGAGCUCGAGGAAAGUGCGGGACCUGUGGUGGCAGGGCAUCCCCCCCAGCGUGAGAGGCAAGGUCUGGAGCCUGGCCAUCGGCAACGAGCUGAACAUCACCCACGAGCUCUUUGACAUCUGCCUCGCCCGAGCCAAGGAGCGGUGGCGGUCCUUCAGCGCCGGCGGCCCCGAGGCGGAGAGUGAAGAUGCCGGGUUUUCGGCGGCGGACAGAGAAGCUAGUCUGGAGCUCAUUAAACUGGACAUUUCUAGGACAUUCCCUAACCUCUGCAUCUUCCAGCAAGGCGGCCCGUACCACGACACGUUGCACAGUAUUUUGGGCGCUUACACUUGUUACCGACCGGAUGUGGGCUAUGUCCAGGGCAUGUCCUUCAUCGCCGCAGUGCUGAUCCUGAACUUGGACACUGCAGACGCCUUCAUCGCGUUUUCCAACCUCUUGAAUAAACCCUGCCAGAUGGCGUUCUUCCGAGUGGACCACGGCCUUAUGUUGACUUAUUUUGCUGCGUUUGAAGUAUUCUUUGAAGAAAACUUGCCGAAAUUAUUUGCUCAUUUCAAGAAGAACAACCUCACUCCAGACAUCUACCUGAUCGAUUGGAUCUUCACCCUGUACAGCAAGUCCCUGCCCCUGGACCUGGCCUGCCGCGUGUGGGACGUGUUCUGCCGCGACGGGGAGGAGUUCCUGUUCCGCACGGCGCUGGGCCUGCUGAAGCUGUUCGAGGACAUCCUGACCAAGAUGGACUUCAUCCACGUGGCCCAGUUCCUCACUCGGCUGCCCGACCACCUGCCCGCCGAGGAGCUGUUCGCCUCCAUAGCCACGAUCCAGAUGCAGAGCCGCAACAGGAAGUGGGCCCAGGUGCUGACCGCGUUGCAGAGGGACAGCCGGGACGUGGAGAGAGGGAGCCCGUCUCUCAGGCACUGAGACGCAGGCAGACGGACUCGCGCCGGGCACUGGAGCAGCCCUCCCAGUGCGCCCAGGCUGUCCGGGACAGACACCGGGGCAGAUGCGCCGGCAGCCGGGGGCGGGCGCUGUUGCCGCGUCUGACCCCCGACGCAGGAGUUGGCCUUAAACCAAACAAACAGAACUUGUCGAGAAGUAAACCGAGGCUCGGCCUUAAGAAGCUCAGCGGAGCAACGACACGGCACUGGCCUGGCACCCGCGGCCCGCUCGGCGCGGUCUGGCACCAGGGCGGCGGCCAGCUCCCUCCUCCUGCUCCAGGGGAGGUUAUUAAAUUGUAACGCUUUUAUGUCGCCUCCUGGAAAGGACGUCCCGGUCUUUCUUAGCCGGGGUGCACGAGACGUGGGUUGGGAGGCCUCCGAGGAGUCCUGGCCCGCAGUUCCCUGUUUCUGCCCUCACCGACGGAGUUGUCCGGAUAACCCAGAAACAGGCCCGGCGUGGAAGGCCUGCCUUCCAGGGACGCGCCAGAGGCCCCGAGCCCUCCCGGGGGGGCGGGGGGGGAGGGGGGUGCUGAUGAGUGCUCAUGGCGCCCCGGGGCUCCGGCCGCCCUCGGGCUCACGUCUUACCACGUUGCCUUGCCACGACCACAGCCCGGGGGCUGGGAAUGCACGCGUGGGUCCUAUGGGGGCCCCGUGCCCCCAAGGGUGCUCCCCGCCCCCGGGCACCGGAGGGAGGUCGGGUGGGGGCGUGUGGGUUGUGCGCACAGAAGGUGCAGGGCUGACGUGCACGGGGUGGAAACGGCUCCCUUGGAGGCGGAGCAGAGGGAGCAGGGUGCUGAGACCCGCCCCGGCCCCCUGCUGGUUCCCGGGGACCUCGGGCAGCACGAGGGGCGGGGGCCGCUCCUUGCCCUCACGGAGCGCUGCUCUUCAGCACCUGGAUGGCAGCCUCAGCCCAGGGUUCCCCUCCCCGUGCACGAGGCCCUCGGGUCGGCUGCUGCGGGCACCCCAAGAGGAGAGCCGUGCGCUGCCCCCACAGCCCAGACAGUGUGGUCACGUGCAGGUGUCCGUGCCUCAGCCUUCCCGUUCCGGCCGGUCUCCCUGGGUCUCCUCCGGAGCUCCGAGAGCUCUGGUCACCCAAAUCCGGAGCCUCCGGUGGCUUUGCACAGAGCAGUCCGAAGGUGGGUUCCCCGUGCCGGUCUCUGGGCAGGCCAGGCACACUGGCGUCCAGGGCCCUGGCGGCCCUGUGGCACGGCCGCUGUGGGGGUGGAGCCGGGCACUCGCUGGCCCUUCUCAGCCGCACCGUCCGGCCCAGGGAGCAGCUCAGGGUGGGUCCCGUUUCUGACACUGGGCGGGCCCUAGGCUUUGAGAGUGUGGCCUGCAGCUAGGGGACCUGCGGUGGAGGGUAAAUCCGGGCCGUGCGUUACUCUGGUCAGUUUUCUACUUACGCCACGCCCACUGGUGACGCCUCCCGGCGCCACGUCCAGCGGCUGCCCGGCCUGCGGCCAUCCUCAUGCCCCAUCCUGGCUCCGUUCUGAGAGAGGUUUCCUGGAACCCUGGUCCCCUCACCUCCUUCCUGCGUUCCCCAGGGAGGCUGCAGAGCAGCGUGGGGGCCACUUUCCGCCUCAGCCUUUAUACACGGGCUCGCCUGGCCCCUCGGAGGAGGGUCCUGUCUUCCCUGAGGUCUCGGGGCCGUCCAGAUGCAGCAGGUCCGACACUGAGACUGAAUGUACGCGGCUGAGCCACCCCGACGGGCUGCCCAUUCCGUCCCGGGUAUAUGGGCUCCUGCUCCUGGAAGGCGGGCGUGGUUCCCGACUGUCCUCAGGGACCCCCUGGGGGGGGGGCAGAGAGGCACGGCCCGGGCGGCGGGUGGGCUGUCGGGGUGACACCGCGGGGUGGCACCUCGAGUGCAUUACGUGCUUGAAGGGAUGCCGUGUCCGUCUGGAACGCUGACCAGACCUCUGGUUCCGCAGGGGCUUUCCUGGCCUGUUCGGGGACCCCAUGAGGCCUGACCGGUCCGCUGUGUCCCCUCCAGACGCCGGACGUUCUCGGUCCCCCCCCAGAGUCACCGGCCCCUGUCCCUGCAGGGGGGUUGGGCGUCACUAAGAAAGUGGAGGGUGAGGGCACAGCCCCGGGGAGCCGCGCCGACCCCACAGCGGCCCUGGUCCCUGCCAGGCCUGGAGCCGCAUCUGGAAGCCAGGUUCACUUUCCAAGAUCCUUUUUAACUGCUCAGUUUUGACUAUUUUAAAUAGUUUGCUGAUAGAAAGUUCCUGAUAACACUUGCUACAUAUCAUGUUUUAAUUGCUUGUACAGUCAACCUUUUAUUUAGUACAGUAUCAAAUUAGGACUUUUUGAACUGUAAAUAUAUGGUUUUAUUAAAUAAAAGUCAUGUAAAAUUGUUAUUUAUA